AUGCUAUAUCUGAAACAUAGGUUCACAUUCUGGGAGAAGCAGGGGGUGGGCGGACACGAGGGUCUGGAGCCGUCCAUAUAUAGGCCGGGCUUUGUCCACGAGAACGACCUGAAGAAUGCCGAAGAGUUCGGUCACAUCUAUGGCUACUAUGAAUUCUUCAGACGAGGUCUAGUGAUCAACGAACCCGAACUAAUACGGGAUGUGUUUGUCACACAUUUUGAUAAGUUUAGGGACAAUCGGGAAAUGUACUUCGGGGAGGACUCAAUUAAUUUGAACAUGUUCAAUUUGCCGGGUAAUGUCGAUUGGAAACGAAUCCGCAGUAUUUGUUCCCCGGCUUUUACCUCAUCUAAACUCAAGGCUAUUAUGCCGUCACUGGAAGUGAUUGCUGAUGAGUUUGUAGACAGUGUGUCCCAAAUGUUUGAUACGGCUAAACCCGAU